UAAUACAGUGAUGACCGUUGUCUUAUGGCUUUCACUCGCCUGUUUCACGAAUCACUGCCAUCAAUUCAAUGCUAUUCCUUCUUUCCAGUUCCUCGUACCCCAUCCGCUAUUUCCCUCGCACUUUAUUCAUUUUCACAAUCAUGAUUUCCACAUUCGCCCACGUCAAGUUCAGAAUGUCAAAUUCUCGAAUGGAUUCGAUGACUGUGAAAUCCUUGGGGCUAUUAGCCGUCUGAGCUUAGACACGCUGCUUUCACUUUCCUGCUUCACAGAACUUUC